UGCUUCAUGAUCUAGGGUGGACUUACACCUAAAGUCUGGGCUUGCUGAAGGACAAAUGGUUUGAGAUGAAAUAUUUGGCUCCAUGGAUCUUGUUACCCUAACUUGGACUUUGUGGGGAUGUCUAAAGGUAUUUCUUACAGCCUUUGUAGCAAAACUAAGCUACCGGUGUGUUGGUCCAUGUUGAACACCUAUAAAGACAAGCAGAUGUCUAAAGCAGUGAAGUCUUUCAGAGGAGAUGUUUAAUAAAUGCAGCUCAUUUUGACACCUCUCUCAAUAAUCAGAGAAGUGGGAAAGUUUGGAAGGAAGUUCCAAGGGGAAUCAAAAUGGCAGCCCGCUCACAGUCGAGUCCCUGUCCCACCAUCCUCUCCAUGAAGGCCAAAACCAAAGGCGCACAAAAUCUCCAGAAUCAAGAAGGUGAAUCUCAAGAAACCUCAGCUCCAUUUUUCAUCCGCAAGCUCCGUAAGGCUGCAGUGGGAACAGGUUGUGAUAUCCGUCUCAGGGUGUCGGUGUCAGGACAUCCUAAACCUUCAAUGACAUGGUACCACAACGAUGAGCUGAUCUCCCCCUCAGAAGCUCAGGAUUCAGGAGGACUGUGGAUCCGGGACUCCCACACCAACGAUGCUGGCAUGUACACCUGCGUGGCAUCCAAUGACCUGGGAGAGGCAAGCUGUAGUGCAGUGUUGGCUGUUAUGGACCUAGGUGAAGACUCUGAGACGACAGAAGAUGAGACCACUGAACCUCAGAUGGAAACCAAGGAAGGGCCCGGGAGGCACCAAGACAAAGUCGGACGGAAAGGACCAUCGGGUGAAGGAGGACGGAUGAUGGACUAUAACCCGGAUGCUUCAGAUCGCAGGGCCACGCUCCCCGGCACCUACGACCCCGUGGUGGAGCGGGAGCUCCGGGCUUUGGGUUCCCGCCCGCCGGGGCCGCAUUUGGACCCCACAAACCCAGCAAGGAACAAAACUCCUGAGAAAUCCUGGGGGUUCCCCUCUCAUGUCCUCUCAUCCUCUACCCAGCCAGCGUUAAUCAAAAACCUUGACCAAGACAAAACUGAAGACUCCGAAGCAACUAAGACCUCUGGCACCGGCAAAGUUAUCAUGACUCCGAAGCUGGCUCGUGCCGGACCCAAGAUCUUUGACAAGGUGCGGGCCUUUGAGGAGCGAAGAAGGAGUGUGGAUCUGCCAGGAGGGGCGGCGUCCGUGGACUCGGAUGACAGCGGAAAGAAAACAGGAGGCCCCAGCAAGGAGGAGGGGAAAGUCCUGCAGGGAGUAGCCCAAAAGAGAGCAGCAUUCCAGCAGCGGGCCUCCUCACUGGAGGACAAGACCACCUACUCCCAGAGGGUUCAGAGCUACCAGAACAAGUUUGCAGAGGAGCUCCAGAGGAUCAAGAAACUUGUGGGGAAAUCGAGCCUGAAGAAGGCAUACUCCACUGAGCAGCUGUCACAGAAGGAAAGGACCCACUCGGGGAAAAUAGAGCCCAUUCCUCAGCAUGUGGUGCAGAAGCUGGAGGCCAGGGAGCGGGCUCUGGAGGGGGAACGGGAUGGGGCACCCCGGGUUCCUGCACCGCUCCCCGGCGGACCUCUAGGCCAUCGGAGGGAGAAUCCUCGUUGGGACAAUGUGGCACAGACGGCUGGAGGCUCAUCCCGAGAAAGCUCUGGGAAAUGCUUGGUUGCCAUGGAAACGGAAGCAGUUCACCAGUUGCCAGGACAACCACUGGCAACAGCAACCAGGAAAAGUCUAAACAGUGAAACUCUUCAGAGCUCACCAGCAGAUGACAAACACGCACUUCUUCCCACUUCCUUCAAGUCUUCAUCCUCCUCCAGAGAUCUGGGAACACAUUCAAACACAGACACCAAAAUGGAAAACAAAUCACAUCACGGAUCCUCAAACCCAACUGGGAAGAGAUCAUCUCCUGUGCCGUCGGGGGAACUGCUAUCCCAACAUCCACCCAAAUCCAACCGGCCUUCGCCAGCGCUCCCUCCUGCGGUUAGCCCCUUAUUGAAGAAGAGGAGGGCUGAGGUGGGAUGGGUCACCAUCCCUACCAUCCUGGUGGAGGACGAGCCCAUGGAGGAGGAACGUCCAACAGAUGACAACAAAGGCAAACACCGAACCGGACGAAGGGAAGGUCGAGUACGCAAAAACAAGCAAGGCCAGCCAUUGUCUGCAGAGGAAGGCUCAUCUGAUGACUCCUACAUGUCUGCUGAUGAAGAACCAGGAGAGGGACCAAGGUUUGUUAAGCCUCUCCAGGACGCCACGGCAGCAUCUGGUUCAGAGGUCAAACUGGACUGCAUCAUCACUGGGAAGCCACCAAUUACAGUGACAUGGAGGAAGAACAACGUAGAGCUACGUAGCAAUGCUUUUUAUACGGUCCAGACAAAAGGCGAGACGCACACUCUGCUAAUAAAGGAGCUAAGGGCGCAUGACGCCGGAUCGUACUGUGUGACAGCUGCCAACAUGGCGGGCACCUCCUCCUGCAAAGCUACCCUCUCCAUCCAUCCGGAAGCCGGUCAUGUGCAGCUUGGGAAAUCGUCUUCAGCUGUGAUGGUCAGCAGUCCAGUCCAGUCAGAUGAAGAAUAUCUUAGUCCUCAGGAGGAGAAGAUGGAGUGUGGAGACUCACCGUCCUUGAAUAAAGGCAUCUCCUUCAGUGAACCUCCCUCAUUUCAGGUGCCCCCUUGUGACCAGUCAGUGAUCGAAGGUCAAGAGGUUGUUAUAGCAGCAAAAAUCAGAGGGCAUCCCAAACCCAUGGUGUUAUGGCUGAAGGACAGAGCGGUGGUGAAGGCAGGGGGCCGCUUUGCUGUGCGAGAAAUUGCAGAUGGCACCUGUGAAAUGAGAAUCAGCGCUGCUCACAGGUCAGACACAGGAUUGUAUGUUUGUAAGCUCCACAGUGAGUGUGGAACCAAGCAGGUGGAGUGUAGAGUGGAGGUCAAAGCAGCUGCUCAGAUAGAGCUCAGAAUCACCAGAGCAGCUGAAGAUGUAGCAGUCAAGGCUGGGGAAUCGGCCAUCUUUGAGUGCCACAUCACUGGGCCACCAGAUGUGGAGGUUGACUGGCUGUCUAAUGGAAAGCUCAUCCAGCCAGCACUGCUCAACUGCAAGAUGCAUUUUGAUGGAAAGAGGUGCCGCCUAAUGCUGAAUUCAGUGCAUGAGGAUGACAGUGGGACAUACACCUGCAAACUGAGCACUGCCAAAGAGGAGCUGACCUCAAAUGCAAAUCUAAGAGUUGCUCCAUCCAGAGAACCUCUGUUCACUCGCAAACUGGACAUCCUGGAGGUCAUCGAAGGACGCACCGCACGCUUUGACUGUAAGGUGAGCGGAUCACCUGCCCCGCGAGUCACAUGGAUGCAUUUUGAGACACGAGUGGAAGAGAAUGAUAACAUUCGCAUCCUUCAAGAAGGAGGUCGUCACUCACUUGUCAUCUCCCACGUUAGCAGCGACAAGGAGGGUUUCUACACUGCAAUCGCUCAGAACGUUUACGGAAAGUCCGAAUGUACUGCAGAGCUCUAUGUGCAGGAAUCACGGGCUGCCAUCUCCUCCCACAUGGCCAAGUUAGAGAAGAUGCCAUCCAUCCCUGAGGAGCCUGAGGUUCUGGAAAACGAGUUGGAAAGAAGAACCAUGCCAGAUUUUGUCAAGCCUCUGGCGGAUGUGGAAGUAAUCGAAGGGAAGGAAGCCGUGCUGAAAUGCAAAGUGUCCGGCCUGCCCUACCCAACCAUUGCCUGGUACCACAAUGGCAAACGGAUUGAGAGCAGUGAGGAGCGCAAAAUGACUCAGCACAGGGAUGUCCACAGUCUGGUCAUCCGGGGUGCCUGCCACACUCACGGGGGCGUCUAUAAGGCGGUCAUCUCCAACAAAGUGGGCAAGUCGGCCUGCUAUGCUCACCUCUACGUUACAGAUAUUGUUCCUGACCCUCCUGAUGGUCCUCCGGUUAUUGAAGCCAUCACAGGGAAAACCAUAACCCUCAGCUGGAAGCGACCGAAGAGGCUCGACCCUUCACUGGAUGCCAGCUCGUUGCUGUUCAUGGUCCAGCAGCAGCCUCUGGGAUCUAUCCAGUGGUCCGUUGCGGCUUCUAACUUGAAGGAAACAAAUUACACUGUCACCUCCCUGUCCAAGGGAGUCCGUUAUGCCUUCAGGGUCCUGACAUCAACCGGGAAGACUCUGAGCAAACCUUCCCCCUCCACUGAUCUGGUCCAGCUACUGGACAAAGGGCCAUAUUUGAGGAAGGCACCAGUUAUUCUGGACAAACCCGACAUUGUGUUUGUGGUGGAGAACCAACCUGCUAACGUCACUGUCACGCUGAACCAUGUACAUGCAGUGGUGACCUGGAAAAGGAGGGGAGUUGCAUUGAUUAACAGACUAGGAGUGUAUGAGAUGAGCAUGCCAGACGACGAUCAACAUACCCUGAGGAUCCAGCGGGUCAGAACCUCUGACAUUGGCCAGCUGGUGGUCACCGCUAGCAACCAGUUUGGCAGCGACCUCUGCACACUGCAGCUAGCCAUGGCAGUUCUUCCUAAAUUUGAAUCUAUCAUGGAGGAUGUGGAUGUGCACAUUGGGGAAACUUCACGUCUGGCUGUGGUGGUGGAGGGGAAACCAGAUCCAGAUAUUCUGUGGUUUAAGGAUGAUCUCCUUCUCUCUGAGAGCAGCCACUUCACGUUUGUGUAUGACGACCCGGAAUACUCCCUGGUCAUCCUGAGUGCCAAGCAGGAGCACUCAGGCGUGUACACCUGCACCGCCAAGAAUGUGGCUGGCUCCGUGUCCUGCAAGGCCGAGCUUACGGUUCACACAGAGCGAAAAGCGGCAACUGAGCCAGUGGAGGACGAGGGGACCAUUCUGAGGAAGAUGAGGCAUUUGACGGAUUAUUAUGAUGUUCACAAAGAGAUAGGGAGGGGGGCCUUCUCCUAUGUGAAGAGAGUGACGCUGAAGUCGGAAAAGGCGGAUUUUGCGGCUAAAUUCAUCUCCGCCCGAGGAAAGAGGAAAGCUUUGGCCCUCAGGGAGAUGGAUCUGCUUUCUGAGCUGGACAAUAACCACAUCCUUUACUUCCAUGAUGCUUUUGAGAAGAAGAACAUAGUGGUGCUCAUCACAGAAUUAUGUCACGAAGAAAUGUUGGAAAGGAUGGCCAAGAAAUCGACCGUCAUGGAGAAGCUGAUUCGCAGCUGUGUCCAACAGAUCUUGGAGGGGCUUAAAUAUCUGCACCAAAAAAAUAUAGCUCACCUUGAUGUGAAGCCUGAAAACAUUUUAAUGGCCAGUCCAGGAAGUGACCUCAUCCGCAUAUGUGACUUUGGGAAUGCCAUCAAAUUGGACACUUCAGAGGACUAUUACUGCAAAUACGGCACACCGGAGUACGUUGCUCCAGAGAUCAUUAAUCAAACUCCAGUUUCCAUAGCCACAGACAUAUGGCCUGUCGGAGUCAUCACUUAUCUCUGUCUGACUGGGGUGUCUCCGUUUGCCGGUGAGAAUGACAGAGCCACUGCGCUGAACAUCAGGAACUACAAUGUGGCGUUUGAGGAGGGCAUGUUUUCAGAGAUUUGCAAAGAGGCCAAAGGAUUCGUCAUCAAGCUUCUGGUGGUGGACAGGCUGAGGCCAAAUGCUAUAGAGUGCCUUCGUCAUCCUUGGUUCAAGUCACCUACAAAUAAGAGCAUUAGCACGUCUAUGCUAAAGCAGGUUAUUGCUAGAAGGUGCUGGCAGCGUUCCCUUAUCAGCUAUAAAUCCAAAAUGGCAUUGAGGUCCAUCCCAGAGCUCCUCAAAGACUCCUCCAGCCAUGUUUCAAUCGCUGUUGCUCGUCAUUUGAAGGGAAGCUCCCCGCCUCCUUCUUCCUCGUCCGAUUCAGACGCAGACGUGGAUGAGCUUCCAUUUAUUCCGAUGCCCCUGUCCUUGGUUUUCUCUGGAUCCAGGGUCUCACUCAAUGAGAUUCCAGGGGACGAGGAUGUCAGAUGGCCGACCGUCUAUGUUAAUAGUACAAGGACAAAGGAAAAUAUGGAUGUAGAUGGUUCUACGGCAGAGGGAAAUAAAAACAUUACAGAUGAAGUGGAAACUCAAAAUGAGGAGAGAACAGGAAAGGCUAAACGAGAAGACCUGAAGAAAGGAUCAAGCAUAGAGUCUAAUGAAGCACAGACAAGAGCCAGGAGGGCUACCAUGAGGAGAGGCAGCUCUGCUGAUUCAGCUCUGCUUCUCCACAUAGACCCGGAGGAAGGAAAUGCAAAUGAAGACUCAGGGGCAGGUACAAAGAGCCUAAAAAAGGCAGUUUCUAUGGAACUGCCCGAUCGAAGCCCGAGCCCAGGGGCUACAAAGUUAAGUCAGGAAGAUUAUACCUUAAAACUUGAGCUAAUGAGGCAACGGCUGCUCAGGGGAGGAAGCGUUGAUAAAAAAAUGAGCGGCUUACGGGGGCCGCUGUUUGAAACCCUUGGCAUAGAUGAGGAAAGGCAGACGGGGUCUCUUGAGAGAAGUUUGAGAAGAUCCAGAGCAGGACUCUCAACACUUACCAGAGCAGCAUCUUCUGAAAGGUCAGGAGAUGACACACCAAAGACCAAGGUUUUUUGUAAAAGUGUUUCCUUCUCACAGGGGGAUUCAGAGCCCAUGCCCCUGCACCGUAGGUUUGGAGCCCCCUUAGAGAUUCCAUCUGCUUCCACUGCUAAGACAGAAGGGAAGAAACUGCAGGAGGCUAUUUCAAUGUCUGUGCUGACUGAACAAGCAACACUGGAGUCUGAAUCAACCUCACCCAAAGAAAAAGCUUCCUUUGCUCUCCCAGCAACAGAAAAAAUGGACCAAGAGCAAAACAAUUGCAAUGUGGAAGGUUCAGAUAUAGAUGAAGCAACAGAGAAAAGGACCAAAGCAGAUUGUGAAACAUCUAUUAUUACUUCUAAAAUUGCUAGAGAAGUGACAGAGAAAGAUAACAGCAUGAAUGAAAAGUUUAGAGUUUCCGUACUAUCUCAAACAUCGACCAAGGGCCAAUCAAAAUCCCUUGCUGCUGCACACAAACCAAAUGACUCAAAAUCCUCAGAUACAUCUUCCUUGCCUGAGCAUUCAGCUGUAUUUGCCAAAGUAGCAACAGGAGACAGACCUGCUGGUUCUUCUUCCUCGUCUUCAAACCCCGAUCUUACCAUCAUCCCUCGGCAACCCGUUCUCAGAACAGACAUCAAAGACAUUGAUUCAGUGGAAGUUUUUGAGGCUAAGUUUAAGAAGCGUGAGUCAUCCUUAACCCGUGGCCUCCGCAAACUGACCAGAAACAAGUCUGAGGAGAAAUCCCCGGUGUUGAGCCGAAAGACUGUUGAAGGGGGUGAGGACAUUUACAGGCCAGGGCCAAGAGGGGCGCCACUUGAAAUAGCAUCUAAGGGAAUUCCAGAGAAAUCUAAAUCUGUCCAAGACUUAAGAGAGGUAGAUCAGGAAACAGGCCUGAGUCUGAUUGGGAGGUUUUCAUUGAAAGGCAAGAGGUCAACAUCUACUGAGAAAAAGGAGGAAAAGCAACCAAAUGUACAAGAAACUGCUGUAAGUAAGAGGGUUUCAUGGGCUAUUGGUCGUAGUAAGUCUCUGGACACAAAGGAUCUGGUUGCUGCUGGAGCAAGAAAGCAGUCUGAAGAGCGACAAUCUGGGAAAGCUGAGGAGUCCUCGGUUUCUGCCAUGAGACGAAAGUUUGAGUCCAAAGUGGCAGGAAUCUCUGCAAAAUUUAGGAGCCAAUCAGAGGAGAGGAAGGCUAAAGAGACUGGAGGUAGUCAGAAAGACCUUGAGGAAAGGGAUCUCAACAAGGUCUCGGAAUCCCCUGUUCUUGCAAUACGUCACAAGUUUGAGAACAAAGUGGUGGGAAUAUCCUCAAAAAUCCGCAGUCAGUCAGAAGAAAGGAAAGUAGAUGGAGAGGGUAGGAACACACCUCUGUUUGCUCGGCACCGUCAUUCCCACUCUGAAGGUCGUGGACUCAAAGGGAUGGGUAUCCCUGAAAAUCAACUGGCAAAACAAACCGGUGCUGCUGCAUCAAAGGAAUCCAUUGAAUCCACCUCCAGCAUCCAUUCUGAUAAAGCCUUAGAGAGUGACAGACGAUCGCGGUGGGACCGGUGGGGCUUAACCAGGACCAGGAGAGACAAAACUCCCUCCCAGUCUGACUUACCCUCAACUGCACCCAAAGAGGAAGGUCUGACAAAAAGCCAGCAGUUUAUCCGCUCUGCUUCUGAUUUUGCUCCAGUGUUCCACAUCAAACUAAAGGACCAUGUCCUAUUAGAGUGGGAAGCUGUGACUCUUAGUUGCCUUCCAGCUGGCAGUCCACACCCAGAGAUUACCUGGAUGAAGGAUCGGAAACUUUUAGAGGUGACAGAUAACCGGAUCAAGCUGCUGAACCACCCAGAUGGCAGGCAGCUUCUUACCAUUCAGAAGUGCGGCCACAGAGACGCUGGGGUGUACGAAUGCGUUGCUACUAACCCAAUCGCUACUGUCACCACCUCCUGCACGCUUUCUAUAGCUUCUGUUCCAAAGCGACCCGGAACCCCUGAAGUAGCUCAGACGUACAACAACACGGCUCUGGUUCUGUGGAAGCCGUCGGACACAAAAUCUCCCUGCAGCUAUUCUCUGGAACGGAGAAGCGAAGCUGAUUCUAACUGGGUAACUGUGGCCACUGGGAUAGCUGACUGUUACUACAAUGUCACUGACCUUCCACCAGGGGGGCCUAUUAGAUUCAGAGUCUCCUGCGUCAACAAGGCAGGACAAGGUCCUCACAGCAACUGUUCUGUUCCAGUCAGCCUGGACUCAACAGAAGGAGGAGCUUCACCUGCAGUUGCUGUAGUAAAAACAGUCCCAACUCCACCUGAAUCAGCGCUGAAACCUAACCCAGAUGUCAGAGUCACUUCCACCUUCUCAACCUCUCCUCCUCCAUCUGCCCUGACCUCUGACCCUCCCAUAGGUUUUCCAUCAUUGUUUGCUAGCAUAAGCCCAGAGGAAAAGCAAAGCAGUGCUCUGCCUUCCUCUGGCACAGUCAAAGCCUCUCCGUCCUUCAUCUUGUUCAAGCCCCAGAGUCCGAUAAACGUGGUGACCCCUAUGACCCAGACCCCGCCUCCUCUUGUAAGCCCGCCCUCUACCCCUACCAAACCUUUGGUUGCAUCCGUACCCAGCUACGUCCCCACCACCGCCACCAAGGCACACGUGGCUCCCACCCCGGUGUCUUUUUCCCCACCAGUUCUCCAGGCCUCCAGCCUGAGCCCCAUUGCAGAGGGUGCCAACACCCCGAUCAGAGGUACCCCAUCUGGACACAGCACGCCCUCUACUGCUCUGAGACAAGGAGUUCCACAGAAACCAUACACCUUCCUGGAUGAGAAGGCCAGAGGUCGGUUUGGGGUGAUCCGCGAAUGCAGGGAGAACGCCACCGGGAAGAUCUACAUGGCCAAAAUCAUUCCCUACAGCCAGGAGAGCAAGCAGGGAGUGCUGAAGGAGUAUGAGAUCCUAAAGUCACUUCAUAGUGAGAAGGUCAUGGCUCUCCACGAGGCCUAUGUCACACCACGGUACCUGGUGUUGGUGGCUGAAUACUGCACUGGCAAAGAGCUGCUGUUCAGCCUCGCUGACAGGUUUCGGUAUUCAGAAGAUGAUGUAGUUGGCUACCUGGUUCAAAUCCUCCAGGCGGUGGAGUACCUCCACAACCGCAGAGUCCUCCACCUAGACCUCAAGCCUGAGAACAUCCUGGUGACUAACCUUAACGUGGUUAAGAUUGUAGACUUUGGCAGUGCUCAGAGUUUCAACCCCCUCCACCUGGAACCCAAGGGCACAGGAGCAGGAACCUUGGAGUACAUGGCUCCUGAGAUGAUCAAAGGGGAAGUUGUUGGUCCUCCUGCUGACAUUUGGACCGUUGGUGUCGUCACCUACAUCAUGCUUAGUGGUCGACUGCCCUUUGAAGAUAAGGACCCUCGGCAAGUUGAAUCUAAAAUCCUGAUGGCCAAGUUUGACCCUAGCAAACUUUACCCAAAUGUUUCCCAAAGUGCCUCAGUUUUUCUCAAGAAGAUGUUGAGCAGUUAUCCAUGGGCUCGUCCAACCACGCGUGACUGCUUCACCCAGGCCUGGCUGCAGGACUCGUACCUGAUGAAACUCCGGAGGCAGACGCUCACCUUCACCUCCAGCCGACUGAAGGAGUUCCUGGUGGAGCAGCAGAGUUGUCGCACAGAGACCGCCACCAAGCACAAGGUGCUGCUGCGCACCUACCAAGGCUCACCACGCAACCCAGCGUCUGGCACCAUGCCACACCUACCCAGUCCCAAGUGAACACUGGGCAGGAGUAGCCCCAACAGAACAACUGCUGAUAUCAAGCACCGUGGGCAGACAGUUGGACCCACACGGGAAUCCAUGUGUUACUUUGGAACAAAUAAAAACUUAACAGGAGCUGCAGACCACAGAGAAUACAUUCAACUCAUGAACUCCUUAUAAACUGUAUUAAAAGGACAGGAAGACUUUUGGUUUUAGCCUCUUUGUCAUUUGUUAAUUCUAACUUUGCCUUUUAUUUGCCCUACAUUUGAUAUCCAGUGAUGGGCACACUUCCACUCAUAACUGGAAGUGUGCCCACUAUACUAUAACUAAUUUUUCAUUCAGCCAUUUGCUAACCUAGAAAAGUGCACUUAGUUUACCCUAAAUUAAUAUUUCCAAAUUAAUUCUAAAGCACUAAUUUACUUGGUUGUUUUGUAAACUUUCAGUUGAAAACCAUUUGACAUCUGCUACCAGUUCUGUUUCCUCUCCGAACAUUCUUUUUCAUUUUCUUUUUACCAAAUAACUUUAAAGCAAACAAGAAACAUACAGGAACAAAAUAAUAUGCAGCACAGAACAAGAUAAAAACAUAAAUUAAAAAAUGUAACUGAAUUAUAGAACAUGGAAAUUAUGUCAUAAUUAAAUUGGUUCUUGAGGGUUGUAGUCUAGCUAAUGCUAAACCCCAACUUAAGUUGGUACAAGAAACAUACAGAAACAAAAUAAUAUGCAUCACAGAACAAGAUAAAAACAUAAAUGUGCUAACAUAACUGAAUUAUAGAACAUUAGUAUUAGCUUCCACUAAAUACAAUGUUGGUGUAGUGCAUUUGCAUUAGCGGAACUAAUCUUGAUGAUUAGGGCUUUAGGUUUAGUAUAGCUAACUUUUCAGUUAGCAGUGCCCAUCACUGUUGAUACCAAGAUGCUUUCUUUAGUAGUUUUAUCUUAAAAACCCAUUUUUGUCAUGCAGUUUGGUGGUAAUCGUCAUGCUAAUGUACCACUAUUAAAACUGCUAACUUAUUCUACAUUUUCUCAUUUUAAAACACCAAAAAUAUUGUUUUUCCCUUCUUUAAGAUAUGUUUGCUUUUUCAUGUUAAUUUAUUUGCAUGUGUGUGCAUAUUUUUGAGUCAGUUUUCGAUAUAACUGUAAGGCGAAAAAGAAAAAAAAAUGUAAUAAAGAAGAUGCUUGUUAUUGAUGUUGAGUCUAAAGGGAAACUGUUUAUGGGGAAUCUUGCUUCUUGCUCUGUGAUCAACUCUAAAUCAUGAUCCAGCUGUGAACAGUGGAUUUUCUAUAAAGUGUAAUGUGACACUUAGUUGCCAUAAUUUGUCAGUAUUACAAGUCGGUUGAUCUGGUUGCUUAAAUCUCGGUCGUCCAGUCAGUGCCUCGGAUAAAUGUCAAAAAUGUUCAUAUUUAAUGUGUGUCUUCAUCGGUUGCAGUAUCUGGAUAUUACAAGAGGUAACUCAUCCAUACACAGAUUUAGGCAAAUAUACAUGGAGUCCUUGUAACAUUUGAAUGCCUCAUGUAUUGCUCUAUCAGUCCUUUUGUAUGACUUUGGAUGGUUCAAGAUUUGUAAAUGUACCCAGUUGCGGUGUUUAUAUGUGGAAAAAGAUGAAAAUGUUUUUACGAGAUAGUAUGUAAUAAAAUAUUCAUACAUUUCAGAA